UUACCAUGUCCUUCACAUGAACAGUAACACAUUUUCUGCGUCACGUGAUGUGUGGGCCCCGUGCCUCCUAUGAGCUGUGAAUGUUGAAACCGCUCCAGAAUUUCCUUCCAUUGAGCCCCUGCCGCUGAGAUGAUUCACUUCCAGUAGGUCGUGUGGCUGAUGGGAUGAGUCAACAUAUUUGUGUUCUUUCACGCGGAGGGACAGGUGCUUGUUAUGUGUUACUUGUAUUCUCCAAAACAAACUAAACUAUUUUUAUUUGACCAGGUAAGACCCCACUGAGCUAUGUACAGGAAUUCCUUGCACUUUCGUCUGGUUAGGAACCAGAGCAUGGACCAAUGACAAAAGUGGACGAAUGUCAAAGCAGAGCCUUUAUUUAGCUUGCAAAUGUAUUUUGGCCGGCGAAAAACGUACAUGCAAAUAACUACAGUCAAUAUAAAAACGUACAUGCAAAUAACUACAGUCAAUAUAGAAACGUACAUGCAAAUAACUACAGUCAAUAUAAAAACGUACGUGCAAAUAACUACAGUCAAUAUAAAACGUACAUGCAAAUAACUACAGUCAAUAUAAAAAUGUACGUGCAAAUAACUACAGUCAAUAUAAAAACGUACGUGCAAAUAACUACAGUCAAUAUAAAAACGUACUGUGCAAAUAACUACAGUCAAUAUAAAAACGUACGUGCAAAUAACUACAGUCAAUAUAAAAACGUACAUGCAAAUAACUACAGCCAAUAUAAAAAACGUACGUGCAUAUAACUAGUCAAUAUAAAAACGUACGUGCAAAUAACUACAGUCAAUAUAAAAACGUACAUGCAAAUAACUACAGCCAAUAUAAAAACGUACGUGCAAAUAACUACAGUCAAUAUAAAAACGUACGUGCAAAUAACUAGAGUCAAUAUAAAAAUGUACAUGCAAAUAACUACAGUAACUAUAUAAAUUGAGAACCUCAUGGGUUUAUUGCUGCUCUACCAAACCGUCUGUUCCCUCAUUGGAAUGCAUUCUGGCUCACCAUGCCCCACUGUAACCGCUGGUGGUGAGUGGAACGAGAGAUGCGAUGAACGACUCUCUUCCGUGUUCAUCAGGAGACGGAGGCACCAUGAAGUGGCUCCUGGUCACAGCGGCGUUCAUCUCCCUCCUGCCUGUGAUGUCUGCUGUGGAGCUGCAGCUCUCCCUACCGGAGAGCGUGGAUGUGACGGAGGGAGAGAGCGUGACUCUUCCCUGCUCAUUCUCCUCGCCGUCGACCGUCUCGAGUGGCCUCUACAUCACGUGGCUCACGAUGCCCACAGGCUACAUAAUCUACGACUCACUUAUCGGGAAUCUCUGGCUUGGAAGAGCUGAGUUUGCGGGAGACAAGGAAAAGGGUGACUGCUCCCUCAGGCUCCUCAACGUCUCCAGGACCCUCAGCCCCGUGUUCAAUUGCGAUGUCAUUUGUAUCAGCUGUGGGAAGGACAACUGGAAGGUGGAACGAGAGGUGAAGCUGAACGUGACGGUUGCAGCUGCACGAUCACGCGGGGAGACCUCGCCCACACCACGUGUCCACUCCUGGAGGGACACGGUGGUGACGGUGUUGAUAGUGGUGGCGGGCGUGAUCCUGGCGUCUGCGGCUGUCAUCUUCUUCAUGAAGAUGCACCCUUGGUCGUCUGGGAGCUCCCCCCGCUCACACAGUGGCGAUGGGCAAGCAGACGUGGACGGUGAUGUGCAGGAUGGGCAUCCACUGAUGGAGGUGAAUGUGAAGGAGAAUGGACAUCCACUGAUGAUGGUGAAUGUGAAGGAGAAUGGACAUCCACUGAUGAUGGUGAAUGUGAAGGAGAAUGGGCAUCCACUGAUGAUGGUGAAUGUGAAGGAGAAUGGGCAUCCACUGAUGGAGGUGAAUGUGAAGGAGAAUGGGCAUCCACUGAUGAUGGUGAAUGUGAAGGAGAAUGGGCAUCCACUGAUGGUGAAUGAACACAAGGGGGACAACGGAGACAAAGGCACGGACACCGUUUGAAGAAAUCUUCCGUGGGGUCCCCCGUGACCACCCUGGCCGGCACGUGGAGCCGCUCUUACCCACAGUGCCAUGCGUGAGUGCAGUGCUGACUGCCUGUGCUUCAUGAGCUGAUUGUUUACAGACCUUCCUCUGACCAUCUCUCUCCCUCUCUGUGGCUCUCCACACUCAUCUUUGGCCACUUCAAAUCCCUCACCGCUAAAUUCCACAUGAUCCAGAAUCCUGCUGCUGCCUCAACUCACAGCUUCUGUAAAUGAAACCUCAUCACAGACAAUCCUCAAGAUUCUCCCACUGGCUCCCAACCCGGUCCCCAAUCGACUGAGACAUCGCACUCUCCACCUACACGAUCCUCCAUAGACUCUCCACCACCUCUCCUUUCUCUCUUCAGGGCGUCCCCAAUAUACGUUGGGGUUAAGGAUCGAAAAGUUGCGACUUAUAACGGAACGAUGUAUAGCGGGGACUUUUACCUUAUAGUAAUACUACUCCGUGUUAAUGAGGGGGGGGGGGGAGAUGGGGAGCGUAAGAGUGUAAACAUUGCCAAUGUGAUGCAAAGUGAGGCAGUGUCUCCCAUGAGAAAUAAUGGAAUGAGGUAGGGAUAGGGACCGUACCUUAUAGAAAUGUGUUGUUUCAUACCUAGAAACCAAAAUACGUACUUUACAUGUACAGACAACUACAUACUCUGUGUACAUAACUUUACAACACAAUGUACACACAUUUAUAACCAAUUCUGCGUUAAAGAACUGUUAAACAGCAUUUCAACUUGGAAAACACUUUAUU